AUGGACUCCUUCAAGGCCGGCGACAUCAUCGAGUCCGGCAGCUCCAUCAAGUCCAAGAACGGCAAAUACGAGCUUGUCUUUCAGGACGACGGAAACUUUGUCCUCUACGAGGUGUCCCACAAACGGCCACUUUGGAGCUCUAAUACCACCAGUUCCUACCGCAAGGCUUCCAAGGGUCUCUUGCAGGACGACGGCAACCUCAGACUUUUCGACGACGACAACGGAGAAGUAUGGUCAAGCCAUACCGGGGGUAGGGGCGACGCGAGCACCGUGUUGACUGUGCAGGAUGAUGGCAAUGUCCGACUCAUGUCGGGCGAAAACCAGCUCUGGGCCACCAACACGGCACAGAAGGAGCCGGAGAAGCCUGCGAACCCUGAAGUGGGAGCCAAGGACCGUCUCACCGCUGGCGAGGAGUUGACCAAGGACCAACGCAGAUCCUCUCCCAGCGGCGAAUACACCCUGAUCAUGCAGGCUGACAACAACCUGGUCCUCUACAAGAAGGACAAAGGUCCGAUCUGGGCCAGAGGCAAGACUGCCGGAAAUUCUGCCGAAAAGCUCGUCUUCCGUGGAGACGGAGAGCUGGAACUGCUCACAUGGUCAGGCGCUCAGAAAUGGGUGACUGGCACUGCUGGUAGAGGCAACAGCGACUCCUUCUUCGCGGUCAGAGACGAUGGCAACAUGGUCAUCUCGACUGACGGCCAGAUUGUCUGGUCAUCGAAGACGGGCCCGGAGCUUCCUGAGGCCAAGAGAGAUCGCCUCAAGGGCGGUCAAAGACUUCUCGCGGGAGAGGCGCUCACAUCACCCAACGGCAGGUUCACUCUUACCUUCCAGAAUGACGGCAACUUUGUCCUUUAUGAGGGCAGCGAGCCCAGGUGGGCUUCAGGCGGUCAUUCCUAUGGACAAGGUGGAGGCUGGCUUCUGUUGACUACCGACGGCAAUAUGACUUCAUUCGAGGACGACCAAUCUUCUCAGUGGUCAUCUCGAACAAGAUACAGACGCACUGGAGGAGAUUGCGAGCUAAUCAUCCAAGAUAACGGUGCUGCGGUGCUAAAGCUCGACGGUGUCACCACCUGGGCUGUCAAUGGAGGCUCCGCAACAACAUACGAACCCCGUGAUUUCUCCCCUGUCACAUCCGGUGACAAAAUCAGCCCCGGACAGUACCUGGCUGCCGGUCAAUCCAUCACCUCCAACAACGGCGACAUGAUCGCAACGCUGGAUGAAAACGGCCAAUUUGUUGUUCGCUACACCAAGACAGGAGACUCCAUCAUCGUUUCCACCAAUCCCCGCAAGGAAACCGCUACGAAGCUGACCGUCGGCUACAACGACGACGUGAUCCUCUGGGGUGAAAACGGAACCAAGAUCUGGCAAGCCUCCAACAACAUCGACAAAUAUGCCAUGCAUUAUGACGACGAUGACAGGGAGCGCUUCUUUAGCCGCGAAAGAAACGGCGGUCUCAUUCUCAGCAACAACGGCAAAUUGAGGCUCUACGGCUCCGGCUGGCCAAAUGACCUGAUCUGGACCAGCGGCCGUUCCUUCGCCGGAUUUUCGGGCAAAAGAAUCUCGCAGCUGAAGCCCGGCGAGAUCCUCGUCAUCGGUCAGAACUUGCUCUCCGACAACGGCGACCACGAGCUCUCGCUCCUGCCCUCCGGCAACCUCCGCAUCCGCAACACCCGCUUCAACACCAGCGUCUACUACUUCACCAACGACGACACCAGACUCACCGACGCGCACUACCUCGAAUUCGGCCAAGACCACGUCCUCGAGGUCCGCGGCGAGACCAACGGCAUGAUCUGGCGCUCCUCUAACCGCAAGUACGAGCCACCGCAACGUCGCGAGGGUGACCGUCACGACAGCGGGAGUCGCAGAAUCGACCCUCCGCGCUUCAUCCUCGACAAUCGCGCCUCGGCCUACAUCAACGCCGUCGACUACCAGUACCGCGCCGACUACAACGCCUGGCGCAUCACCGACCUCGAGUCCUGCCUUAACCCUGUGAAGCCUACUUCUUUUGGCGACACCCUCCGCCCGAAUUUCACCAUGAAGCCCGAGCACAUCCUGACCAGCAACAGCGGCGAGUACAUGGCGAAGUUCAACAACAAGGGCGAGUUUGCGCUCAUUUGCAAUACGGAUAACAGCCACGGGUCGGCAAGACGGGGCGAUAUCAUGUGGCGGGCUAAGGGCGCGGCGAGUUCAAAUUCGGUUUGGGUCACGGGCGAUGGCAACUUGUGUGUUGGCGACGAGGAGAAGCAGAAGGUUAAGUGGCAGAGUGAGACGGCUGGUUCUGGGACGGAGCCAAGGUUGGUGGUGCAGGAUGAUGGGAACAUGUGCCUCUAUGCGGGCGGGAAGUGCGCGUGGCAUAGUAAUACCGCUGGAGGGUGGAGGAGGGAUUAUGAUUACUAG